AUGGAUGACCAAAAAAAAAUCAAAUAUACAAAAAAUUUGAAAGUUCCCCCUUACAAUUUGUAAAAUGAUGGUAAAUAUUACAACGAUACUUUGAAAUUCAAUGCACGCUAGGGUCAUGGAUAUGCAGCUGAACAAGCGAAUAAUCUGAUUGAUGAAUUAAAAGGAGAUAAAGCUGUUGUUCUUAAUGAAUAUAUUAAAAAUGGACCUGAUAGAAUUGUGAAUGGAAAUUUAAUUCAAACAAAAUAUUGUAAGAAUGCUUAUUCUACUUUUAAAAACUGCUUUAAAGAUGGUGAGUUUAGAUAUAAUGGCUAAUAAAUAGAAGUACCUCCAGAAUAAUAUGACGAGGUGAUACAAUUGUUCCAAGAUAAGGGAAUAAAAGAUGUUACAAUAAGAAAGGGACAUGUCAGCUAUAAAGUAGCUAAAAACAUUGCUAAGUCUGGAACUAUUGAAGGCCUUACGUAUGAUACAGUUACCGGUAUAAAAAUGGGUAUUAAUGUUUUUGGUAUUAGUGCUGUAUUAACUUUUGCUUUUACUAAAUGGAAUGGAGGGAGUACAGAAGAAUGUGUCAAAUAAUCUUUAUAAACAGCAUCAUCAAUUUUUGGAAUGUCUCUCGUGUCACAUGUAUUUUCUCAAUAAUUCGCUAGAUCUAGUUUUAACGGGUUUGCUCAUUAAUCGACACUAAAUGUUUUGAAAAAGGUCUUAACUAAAGAUUAAUUUGCCUCAUUUGCUAACAGCUUUAGAGGCGAGGGAGCUAAAAAAAUUUAUGGCGCUGCUGCUUAACAAAAUGUUGCUAAAAUGGUGAAAGGUUAAGCUGUCUUUGCUGCAGGUAUCUUAGUCCUUUAAACAGGUUGGGAUGUAAUUGGUGUAACAAGAGGAAAAAUAUCUGGAAAACAGUUUGCUAAAAAUUUUUUCAGUAACCUUGGUAGCGCUGGAGGUGGUAUUGCUGGUGCAGUGUAUGGAACUUGUAUAGCAGGACCUGUUGGAGGUAUAAUUGGGGGAAUAGUAGGAGGAAUAAUUUCUUAAUUUACCGUUAAAAAAGUACUUGAUUAAAUUACUCCUGAUGAUCUAGAUGAGAUGGCAGAAAUUUUAUAAAAUUUAAUUUGUAAACUUUAGUAAGAAGAAUAUUUGCUUACUUAAUAAGAGUUCAAUGAUUUUCUAAAUAAAAUUCAAUCAGUAAUAAACAAAGAUUUCCUUCAAAACAUGUUUGAAAGCUCAAAUAGAUAAUAAUAUGCUAAAGAUAAGGUAAAACCUUAUUUCUAAUAGGCUUUAAAAAAUAGACCAAAAAUUUAAGUAAAUAAAGAAAUAAAUGAAUAUUUACAAAUAGAAGGAUGA